AUGAGUGACGAUGACCGUGAUAUCGAUAUUGAAAGUGAUGAUGACAACGAUUCGGAUGCAGGCCUGCCACAGCGCCACACCAACACACAAAAUUUUACCCAAGAAGAGAAAAGGGCCCACCACAAUGCCUUAGAACGGAAACGUCGUGAUCACAUCAAGGAAAGCUUUACUUCACUGCGUGAGGCUGUUCCCUCGCUAAAGGGAGAAAAGGCCAGUCGCGCUCAAAUUUUAAAGAAAACCACGGAAUGUAUUCAAAUAAUGAGACGUAAAAUUCAGGCCAAUCAAAAAGAUGUGGAGGAUAUAAAGAAACAAAAUGCCAUACUGGAGGCACAGAUUCGUAUGUUGGAAUGUGCCAAAAGUGGCUAUGUCAUUGAUCCAACUGAAUAUCAACAGCUAACGAGUGGAGAUCAAUCGGUUCAACAUGACAGUUGCUCUGAUGGUGAUGAUCAGGACUUUAGCCGACGCAGUAAGAAAAUGAAAACAUCCUAUCAGGCAUAGUAACUAAUGGAGGAACAAUUUGAAAAUCUCCAAUGUUCAAAUGAUUAAAAAACCCCA